AUGUACCCCUCUCCUGAGGUUGAACAACAUAGUGGUAAGGAUGACGAUUCCUUCAGUUCUGAGAAGGACUUGGCUGCUGAAGGGUUGUGCUCUCUAGGGCAAACCGUGUCUGAAAAAGGAAAAUAUGUGGCAUCUAAAACAGCCAAUGCUUCCCACUCUGAGAAGCAUGAUGAUGCAAAUGUUGUGAUUGAUCUAGAGGAUGGUAGCUCUGAUGAUCAAGAGGAAAGCUUACUUCAUCACCUAAAGACAAGUGUGGCUAAACGCAUGAAGACUCACAAAGGAAGAUCUGUGGCUGAACUUAUGUCAGCUAGAAAAGCUAAGAAGACUGUUGGUAUUGGUCCCUCCAAAUCUUGGAGCAAGAAAACCACUGUUAGGAAGUCUCCUGGUAAAGUCCAUGUUGUUCAUUUGGAUAACAUCUCCUUCCAUCUUGAGGAUGGGGCUGCAAAGUGGAAAUUUGUGAUUCAGAGAAGGGUAGUUGUGGAAAUGGAGUUGGGAAAAGAUGUUGUUGAUGUCAAGGAGGUCACAAACCUAAUAAAAGUUGUUGGGUUGUUGAAGACUGUUGUUGGAUUCUCUCAAUGCUAUGAAGGUUUAGUUAAGGAAUUUAUUGUUAACAUUCCUGAGGACAUUUCUGAUAAGAAUAGCAAGGAAUUCUGCAAGGUGUAUGUGAGGGGCAGAGAUAAUGAGGGUGCAAGUGAAUUAGAAGUUACAAACAAUAAGGUCUGUAGAGAGAUUACAGCUAGGAAGGUGAAAGGUUGGCCUGUUAAAAAGCACCUUCCUGCUGGGAAGUUGACCGUCAAGUAUGCAAUCCUGCAUAAAAUAGGAGCUGCCAACUGGGUCCCUACCAACCAUAUCUCCACCAUUGCUGAUACCCUUGGAAGUUAA